AUGGAGGCGAUAGAGGAGCUCUCAGAACUAGCCGAUAUCACGACGCAAGCCUCCGGGCUGCUCGCGGACGAUGACCCGGCCGACGGCGCGACAAGGCGCAGCGGCGGCUCCUCGUUCCUCACCGUCGUCGCGCUCGGCAACGUCGGCGCAGGGAAAUCGGCGGUGCUCAAUGGCUUGAUCGGCCAUCCUGUGCUCCCUACUGGGGAGAAUGGAGCGACCAGGGCCCCAAUCUGUGUAGACCUGCAGCGGGAUGCGUCGCUCAGCAGCAAAACCGUUGUGCUGCACAUCGACAGCAAGUCGCAGCAGGUUUCUGCCAGUUCCCUCAGGCACUCGUUGCAGGACCGGUUGACUAAGGCUGGAAGUUCUGCUAAGGGUCGAUCAGACGAGAUAAACGUGAAAUUAUCCACCAGCACAGCCCCUCCAUUGAAAUUGAUUGAUUUACCAGGGAUUGAUCAGCGUAGCAUGGAUGAAUCAGCAAUUGGGAACUCUGUGGUACGUAGUGACGCAAUUCUGCUAGUUAUCAUUCCAGCUCUACAAGCGCCUGAUGUGGCAUCUUCUCGUGCUCUACGGCUUGCCAGAGAGUUGGAUUCGGAAGGUACUAGAACCAUUGGAGUCUUGAGCAAAGUUGAUCAGGCAGCUGGAGAACAGAAAGCUAUUGGUGCUGUUCAGGCCCUGCUUGCGAACCAAGGUCCAAGAACUGCAAAAGACAUUUUGUGGGUAGCUACGAUUGGACAAACUGUUCCCACUGCGUCUGCCCAGUCAGGAGUAGGUUCUGAAACCUCACCAGAAACUUAUUGGCAACCUGAAGCUGAAAGCCUUUUAUCUAUACUUUGUGGAGCUCCUCUUAGUAAACUUGGUCGAGUAGCUUUAGUUGAUUCACUUUCUAGGCAGAUAAGGACAAGGAUAAGAGUUAGGCUCCCACAUCUCUUGAAUGGUCUUCAAGGGAAGUCUCAAAUAAUUCAGGAGGAAUUAGCAAAGCUUGGAGAACAGAUGGUCCAAACUUCCGAAGGAACCCGGGUAAUUGCUUUAGGGCUUUGCCGGGAAUUUGAGGAUGUGUUUCUCCAGCACAUUGCAGGUGGUGAGGGUGCAGGUUGGAAAGUUGUGGCUAGCUUUGAGGGGAAAUUUCCAACAAGGGUUAAACAACUCCCUUUGGACAGGCAUUUUGAUAUGAAAAAUGUCAAAAAGGUUGUUCUAGAAGCCGAUGGCUAUCAGCCAUACCUGAUAUCACCCGAGAGAGGCUUAAAGUCUCUUAUAAAAGGACUUCUAGAGUUAGCAAAGGAACCAUCAACACUUCUUGUGGAUGAGGUUCAUCGUGUAUUGCUAGAUAUAGUAUCAGCUGCAGCAAAUGCCACUCCAGGACUUGGUAGAUAUCCCCCUUUCAAGCGUGAGGUAAUUGCGAUUGCAUCUGCUGCUCUAGAGGGUUUUAAAAAUGAAGCCAGAAAGAUGGUUGUUGCACUGGUUGAUAUGGAGCGUGCAUUUGUACCUCCCCAGCAUUUUAUCCGCUUGGUGCAGAAAAGAAUGGAAAGGCAACGUCAUGAAGAUGAGUUGAAAAAUCGCGCUAUGAAGAAGAGUUCAGAUGCAGACCAAAACAGAGCCACGAGCCCACUAGCCCAAGGAAAAGAAGAAUCAAAUUUACAAAUUCUAGGACCUGCUGGAGAAAUUACAGCUGGUUUUCUGUUUAAAAGGCGUGCAAAAGGAAAUGACUGGAGCAGGCGAUGGUUUGUUCUAAAUGAGAAAAGUGGAAAGCUUGGAUACACUAAGAAACAAGAGGAGAGACACUUCCGGGGUGUCAUCAAUUUGGAGGAGUGUAAUCUUGAAGAGAUUUUAGAUGAGGAAGAUCCUCCAAGAAGUUCUAAAGAUUCUAGAAGGUCAAGUGGGACAGAUUUCGGAAAAGCUCCUAGUCUCAUUUUCAAGAUUACUAAUAAGGUUGCUUAUAAACAUGUUUUGAAAGCUCACAGCAGUGUUGUACUGAAGGCUGAAAGUAUGGCUGACAAAACUGAAUGGGUUGCCAGAAUUAAGAGUAUUGUUGCAAAGAGAACAACUGUUUCAGAAGGUGGUUCACUGAUGAGGCAAAGCCAUUCAGAUGGUUCGCUAGACACAAUGCUAAGAAAACCUGCAGAUCCUGAAGAAGAGCUUCGAUGGAUAUCUCAGGAAGUUCGUGGAUAUGUGGAAGCUGUUCUCAGUAGUCUUGCGGCAAAUGUUCCCAAGUUAAGUAUUCUGGAUCUUGCUGUCGUUCUUUGCCAAAUUGAGAAGGCAAAGGAAGACAUGCUUAAUCAGCUCUAUACUUCCAUAAGCACGCAAAGCAUUGCCAGGAUUGAAGAGCUCAUCCAGGAGGAUCAUAACGUGAAGCGCAGGCGCACAAAAUUUCAAAUGCAAUCAUCCCUUCUGUCCAAGGUUACUCGCCUGCUCAGUAUCCAUGACAAUCGCUCAAAUGAUUCUGCUAGAUCAGAUAUUAGCCCAACCGAUGUGCAAUCCGGAGAAGAAUGGAGAUCUGCAUUUGAUGGAAGUAGCCGUGGCCAUCGAAAUAGUAAUGCAUCACAAGAUUGUGACUCGCUGGUCGGAACAAACUCUGGGAUUCGCCACAUGCCAAGUCGAACGCCGCCACAGCUGCCACCACAGGGCAGUCGCUUGGGGUAUGGCUUCUAAUUUAGCGCUUGUGAUUAUUGGCAGGGAACACAUUUUCUGGCUCCACGUGCUCUAAUGUCCAAUUGAUUCAGACUUUUCAGAAGAAACCCGUCCAUCUUAAUUUGUUUUGAUUAAUUCAAGUGACCAGUUCUCUAGGACUUACCCGGACUAUCUUAAUUUUUCAUACUAAAACCAGCAGUGACCCGUGCAAUUGC